GCCAUGAUUCCGUUGCGUUUCAAAUCCAAUCAUAAAUCGAGCAAAUAUUCUGAAAUCGACGAAUCGCCUCUUUCGUCGAUUUUGGAAUUCAAAACGUCAAACUCAUCUGUUUUGCUGUUUUUAUGUUUUUCUGCAAAAAAAAUCUGAUCCAAGCAGCAUUCCUUAUCUUAGCUUCCGCAUUGUAAUCCGUUCAGUGGUAUCAACGGGCGCGAGGGUGAAUAAUCUAUCUUGUGCAACAGAGACUCAUGCUGAGCGCGAGUCAGUGAUGGCAGACUCGCUAGAUCCAUCCACCCCAUCCAGCGCCCGUUCGGAUGAUGGCGAAAGUGAGGAGCAGGCCAAGAAACCCGACACGACGGCAACUACAGAUUCCAAGCUGGAGUGUCCGGUUUGCCUGCAGACGUGCGUACAUCCGGUGCGAUUGCCGUGUGGUCACAUUUUUUGCUUUCUCUGUGUGAAGGGUGUGGCGUUCAAAAAUCUGCGAUGUGCACUGUGCCGCUGUGAUAUCCCGCUCACUUACCUGGACCACCCGCAGCUAGUGAACGGAGUAGAGGAGAUUGAACGGGCAGCUACAACCGCCGCGGAAGCGAAUCACCAGUACCAGUGGUACUAUGAGGGGCGUAACGGGUGGUGGCAGUAUGAUGAGCGAACCAGCCAGGAGCUCGAGGAAGCGUACGGUGCGGGUGAGAAGAGCUGCAAAAUACUGGUCGCUGGGUUCGUUUACAUCGUAAACUUCGAGCACCGUUGCCAAAUCCGACAGAACGAUUACUCACGCAUCCGGCGCGUCAAACGGGAUCUGGUGACGAUUCCAAAGAAGGGUGUUGCCGGGUUACGGCUCGAGCCACCACCGACACAACCGGGAUCUAGCAGCACAGCAGACAUGCACGAACUGUCUUCCGCCUUGGGGGAAAUGAAUUUGAACGAAGGGGCUUCCACUUCCGCUGCGGCCGUUGCUGCUGCCCCGGAAGCAUAUGAAUCGGUGCUAGAUGGUCGCCAGGAAACGACCAGCGACACCGAAACCGCACAAACGGCAGCAAACUCACGAGAAACAACAGGAGCAGCAGCAGCAAGCUCUAGUGAAUUGCUGGAUCAUACCAGGCAACCAUCACAAGCGCAAGUAGUGCUAGUAGCAGUAACAGUGACGACGACGAUGCUAACGAUGGCGACGAUGAUGAUGACGACGAGGAAGAGGCAGAAGUAAAUUACAGAGUUGGCGAUCGAAGAAACCUACGGCCGGAGCUACACCACAACCUGAUCGAUCUCAACCCAAGGCCCGAGUUUGCCUCUAGCGAUAGCGAGGAUGGAGAAGAAGGCGACGAUGAUGAUAAUUUACUCAU